GUAAAUUUUUGUCUUUCUUUCCGCCGUAGCGCUGUUCGAGAGAAGGAACGGUUUUGUUACAGUAAUCGCCUCUGUUUUGGCAUCUUUCACAAUUGCUCUUAUAUUUCGACGAUUUGUGUCCACCAUGGCAAAGCCCAGGGUCUUCUUUGACAUGACCGUCGGUGGUGAACCAGUUGGAAGGAUCACUUUCGAGCUUUACAAUGACGUUGUGCCCAAAACAGCAGAAAACUUCCGUGCCUUGUGUACCGGCGAGAAAGGGUUUGGCUACAAGGGCUCCGUUUUUCACCGCAUCAUUCCCGACUUCAUGUGUCAGGGGGGCGACUUCACCAAAGGAGACGGCACCGGAGGAAAGAGUAUCUACGGGGAGAAGUUCGCUGAUGAGAACUUCAAGAAGAUCCACACAGAACCAGGUAUUCUGUCUAUGGCCAACGCUGGUCCCAACACUAAUGGUUCGCAGUUCUUCAUUACCACGGUGAAAACAUCUUGGCUUGACGGCAAACACGUGGUGUUUGGAAAGGUCGUCGAUGGUAUGGAUAUCGUUAAAAACAAACUUGAACCUCAGGGCUCCCGGGAUGGGAAAACUAAGAAGAAGGUCAUAAUUGCUGAUUGCGGGCAGCUUUAAACGUGAGAUCCCACCACUAUCCCCAAUAGAUCAUGGCCCAUAAGCAACAGAUUUGGGGGGAAUUCAAGCAUAGGCUUACAUUAAGUCCAUAUUGUGUUUGUGUCUAGAUUUGUGGUUUAAGAACCAGUUAAAUAAUUUGUACCUCUUUUCUUAAUCAGGUAGAUGUGCAUUUUAUAGUGACUUAAUAGUCAUUUUUUUUUAUUAGGAUGCAAGAAUAGCACAUUUACUAGUUACCACUGUGAUAUAUUUUCUCACUUUGUGGAUGGAUAAAUAUUGACUAUAUCACACAUACGAAAUGAACAAAAGCUCCUCGCGAUUUGCAUCAUUUGUUAAUUUUUUUUUCCCAUUAGAAGUCAUAUUCAGUUCAAAUUUUCAACAUGGAUAAAGAAAGGAAUCUUGUUAAAUUCAAAUACUUUGCAGUUUAAUACACACCUCAAGAGUGAAGAAAGUUCACAAUUUAUUGUUUACUUGAUUCAGUAGUUGUGAUGUGUUAAGAUCUUUUUCACCUUUUCUCUGGUUUUGUAGUAAUUCACGAUGUACUGUUGGAUGGUAUUGCAUGAUAUAGUUUUUGUAUUGCAAUCAGUAGUAGGUAUGCAUGUCUUAAGAAGCAAAACACUAUUCAGAAUUUCCUUCAUCCAAAAAGAUCGCUUAUCGAUCAAAACUGUAUCCCAUGGAAGCUACUCAUUACACAUGCGCAUACGCUAACCUAGCAAAAAUCUCUUAAAUCGGAAGCGGUAAAUGUACGCUUUACUGUACUAAUACAUCCUUUCAAUAUUCCUUGCUUUGUGAAGCAAUACUAUUAAAUACCACUAAAUCUGCUGAUAUAUCACCUUCGUAGUUAGUGAGCUGUAAAGAUUAAGAACAAAAACCCAAAUUCAACACAAUCAAUUCUAUGAACGUAGAGUAUGACAUGGAUGAAGGACUAAAAAAAAAAUAUUAGCACUGUGGUUGUUAUCUAACAUCAUUUUUAACAUUCAAAAUGUUACAUUAAGAAUUUCGGGUAUGUGAUGCCAAUGUAAAAUCCUUUGCAGUUAUACCAGUUAGACUGUUUACCUUAAACAUCUUGAGCACUUCAUGGAUUUAAACAUUAAUGUCUUUUUCGUCUUUGUGCAUUUAACAAAACAAACAAUGAUCGAAUGUGACAUUGGUCCAUACUGGAAUUGUAUAUCAAUAAACGACACUGCAGUGUA